AUGUUACAUACUGAAGCUAAAGCAUCAAGAAAAAAAUUUCCUAUUAUAUCUUAUCCUUUAUUCUUAAUUUCAUAUUUAAUUAUAGCAACGUCAAGAAUACAGCCAAAACGUGUAACAGCUGAAUAUGGUUCUGAUCUAUCUCUUUCAUGUACAUUUCCAGAAGAAGACAGUGACAAAACUAUUGUUCAAUGGCUUUAUCAAAAUUCAACUGAUUAUCAUAGCAAUCAUCGUUCGAAUAAAAUUUAUUGGCGACCAUUAUUUCUUAAUUCACAAUUAUUAACAUCAAGUGAAACACGUUAUAGUAUUCAACAAAAAAGCCAACAAACUAAUGAUACAUCUGUUACAUAUUCAACAAUAUUAACUUUAGCAAAAGUAACGGAAUCAGAUGAAGGUCUUUAUAUGUGUAAAUCACUUUCACCUAAAUUAAUUCAAAUGACUUAUCAAGUUCGAGUUAUACAAAGUCUUGAUAUAACUCCAAAACAAAUUAUAAUUCCAGCUGAUGAACUUGGUCAAUAUUCCAUUCGUUUGAAUUGUAUAUUAACAGAUAAUCAUACAGGUCGACGUCAUGAAAUACAUUGGUGGCAUAAUAAUAAACGACUUGGAACAAAUUCGAAUCGACAUGCACGUAUAACAAAGAAUUCAACUCAACAUUCAUUUAUAUCCACAUUAUUCUAUACGGGUGAGCCGGCUAAUAUAGCUGGAAGUUAUAUAUGUGAAUCAGAUCCAUUAAGAAAAUCUGUUUCAGUUCAUUUAGAAGCAAAUAAAUCUUCAGGUAUAAUUUUGAAUUUUACUAAAAAAAGAUGA